AGCGGUUGUUGCGUGCUGUCCGUCCCGUGUGCCUGUCCGCCAGCCAAGAACAGUUAACUCUGGCUUGGGAUGCUCCGCAAGGAUUAUACCUCGCUCGGCGUCUGUCUUCGCUAAACGAAACUCGAUCCCACCUGUUACUUCGCGAUUCACCUCCCAGUGUGUGUCGUCAAUUGUUCCAUUUUUUAAAUUUUAUGUUUUUCUGUGGAAUUGUGUGACCUUGAGCUUCUAGACCCUUCCGAGAGCCCCGAGGGAUACAUUAUCAAGUUACUUACUCCACAAAUUUGACCGCAAAUAGUCGUGGGCUCAAUUUUCUUUUUAUUUUUAUUUUUGUUCUGUGUUGGUGCGCAGCAACGUUGCCGCGAGACUAGUCCCCUCGAGGCUGUGUGACCAUGUUAAGGAGCCGCUCCGCGGCCGGGACAGAAGGUAACUGUUGAGGAAUCGCUCGGUUCGGUGCAGUGAGUGAAUCGCGAAGAUGCCUAAAAUCUUCCUGAUAAAGAACCGGCUGCACCUGCAGCAGCAGCGCCUGCUCGAGUCGCAGAAGCGCGCCACCGAGGAUGCGCCCGCUCUGAGCCCGCCCGGGUCGCCGCUAUCGGAGAGCCAGCAGCACCAGGCGCAGCCGCUGUCUCUCAUUGUGUGCAAAUCGCCGUCUCAGCCAUCGGCGCAGCAGAAGCUACCGCCGAGAGCCUCCGCAACAGAUGGGAAAUGCGAUGCAGAUGGCGACGGCAAGUCUUCCUCUUCCCCGGGCCCAGAGGGUUCUCGGGCUGUGACACCGGGUGUCGGCGUCAGCGCAGGUGUGGGCUCCGGUGACGGUGAUGCCAGGCCGCCUACUCCUGCGACCAAACCUAACGCCGCUAGUGACGACAAGCCACACCGCUUCUACUCGUCCCUAUUGGGUGCAGACUUGCAGCAGGCAUCCACCACCUCUGCUAACGGUGGAACCCAACGCGCCCACGUACUGACACGUGCCGAACGCAAGGAAUAUGCUGGUGUUGCAACAGCUCCGCCACCACCUCCACCACCUUCUGCUCCACCGUCGGAGGACUCGGUGUCAUCACCGCCACCGCCACCUCCGGGUACUGGCACUCCUAGUGCAGGUGCAGUACCAGAUGCCGGUAUCACCCCGACGCCACCACCGGCUGCCGCCGAGCGCGUAUCGGUCAUUCAGCGUGCGCCCACGUCUGCUCCCAGUAAUGCUCCUGAGUUAGGCCCUGAGCAGGACGCACCGAUAGACUACCACGUGCCCAAGAAGAGAGACGGGUCUGCCACAGAUCAGGAUACCUCCCAGAUCGAAGACAGGAGAGCUCGACCACGUUUCCAGUUGUUCAAAGUGGGAGGCAGGUUACCACCUCUUCCCAUUCAGCAUCUCCUGGCUCGCCACGGUGCAGGAACUCCACGCACAGCGGCUGCUGGCCACGGCCAUAGCAGUAGCCGUGGUAGUGGUGGUGGUAGCAGCAGUGGAGGCAGUGGAAGUUCAUCUGGAAGUGGGUCCUCAGGAGGCAGUCUCGGUGGCUACUCGGGUGGUGGCAGCCUCGGAGGUGGUGGUGGCGGCGUUUUGGGUGGUGGCGGAGGAGGCGGUGGCUCGAUGAACCCGGGAGGUGGUGGUGGUGGACACCGUGGUGGUUCCAAUAUGUAUGGACCCAACAGUCCUCCUACAGGUUCACUUCCUCCAUUCUAUGAGAGCCUGAAAGCUGGUAGCCUUGGUGGUGGUGCAGGAAGCAAUGGUAAUGGCUUGGGAGGUGUAUUUGCUCAGCAUUACGCAAAUUACUCUCUGCUAGGUCCACUUGCAAUGGACUGUGACACUGGGCAACACCACCACCAACAGCAACAACAGCAGGACAUAUACAAUCAGCAGAAGCAAUACUCUCUCCUUCAGAAUGUAUGUGAAUCAUAUGGCAUUUCUUUCAAAGAGGAGGAGGAGGAUGAACUGAGCGAGUAUGUUGCCGCAGCAGUGGCUGCGCAGCAGCAAGAGCAGCAACAACAACAACAACAACAACAGCAGCAGCAGCAGCAGCAGCAGCAGCAGCAGCAGCAAAAUCAACGCCAGCAAGUGGUUCCUAAAGUUGAGGGCAGUGUCUUGCCUCCUGUUCAUCUGCUUGGUGCCCCUCAGCAUACAUACAAUAUGUUCAGUGUGGAUACAGCUGCUGCAGCUGCAGCAGACCAGAUGGUGGUGGAUAUGGUGUCAGGAAGUGUUGUUGAUCCCCUACCCUUCACAGCAACAUUAGCAUUUGCAAGCCCUGCACAUGACCACAAUGCUCUCAUUGCUUCCCUAUCUGAUGAUCUCUUCCUUCAACGGAUGUCUUCGCCAGAGGCUGAUGAUACAGAUGCUGCCAUGGAGAGCACAGGAAAUGCUGAUGCAAAUGGCCUACUGGAUGAUGACAGCCAAGGUCAGCAAGAUGUCAGUGGCAACAGCAGCAAUGCAAAUAUUCCACCACCAGUCGAACCAAGUGUAGAUCCAUUUCCAGAACAUUGUCAGAAUGUACUUGGCCUUUCUACAUCUGCAGCUAACAACAAUGGACAGCGCAGUUUUGACACUUCACGUAAUUUUGCUGCACCCUCUCAAUUUGGAAAGAAUGGUGUUUCAUCCUCCUCCUAUGGAAAUGGAGAAAAUAAUCCCUCAGGAAACAAUGUUGGCUAUAGUCCUCUGCCAAAGGAGCGUGCAGAGUUGGCCCUACAUAUAUCAUCAUCAGCUUCCCCUCCGACAGAUGCUACUUCUCCAGCCCCGGAUGCCGUGCCUCAUAUGCAGCAACUGCAGAUACAGGUGCAGAUGUCACAACAGCAGCACAUGGUCCAGCAGCAUUCAUCAGCUAGCUCACAGCUACAGCUGUCACCAGGGCUUUCAUCCUUCACAGCUGGUGGAGGCCUAGAGCUGCAUUCACCUGGGGCAGUUUCACUUCCAUCACCCGCCUCCUGCAGCCUCGAUGGAGCUGGCUCGGGACCUGGUUCUCUAUCACCGCCUGCUUCAAUUUCUGGAGGACCAAGUCGCAGAACGGCCAACAGCUCAGAUGCAAAUACUGUACAGACAGACAUCAGCAACAUACCAUCAUUGCAAGUUCGUGUUAACAUCUUGCAGCAAAGGCUUGGUUUGCCUGUGGAGGUACCAUUGGAGUUUGUCAAUGGUGGUCAUGGCAUCAAAAACCCAUUGGCAAACCAUGAAAUGACACCUGCAGUGCCUGGAGGAAGACCUUCUUCAAGGGCAGCCCAUGUUACAAAUGAUUCCGUGGAACGUCCUUCAGCCAAUCCUGAUGAUCCUACACGUUUUACAUGUCGUAUCUGCGCCAAAACCUUCAGUCUGCAGAGACUUCUCAAUAGGCAUAUGAAGUGUCACAGUGAUGUGAAACGUUACCUUUGCACUUUUUGUGGAAAAGGGUUUAAUGACACUUUUGACUUGAAGCGGCAUACCAGGACACAUACAGGUGUUCGCCCAUAUAAAUGCAACCUGUGUGAAAAAUCUUUCACACAGCGAUGUUCUCUAGAAUCUCAUUGCCUCAAGGUCCAUGGGGUCCAGCAUCAGUAUGCUUACAAGGAAAGGAGAACAAAGAUGUACGUGUGUGAGGAAUGUGGUCACACAACCAGUGAACCUGAAGUUCAUUACCUACACUUGAAAGACAACCAUCCAUACAGCCCAGCACUUCUGAAAUUUUAUGACAAACGUCAUUUCAAGUUUACAAAUGCAAACUUUGCCAACAUGCUUCUGCAAGUGCGAUCAUAAAGCAUUACCUUCAGUGUGACUUCAUGACAAGCUUAAUAACAGCUGAAGCAACAUAAGUGUGUGUGUGUGUGUGUGUGUGUGUGUGUGUGUGUGUGUGUGUGUGUGUGUGUGUCUGU